GGCAGGGAGGCAGGGAGACGGGGCCGGGAGGCAGGGAGGCAGGGAGACAGGGCCGGGAGGCAGGGAGGCAGGGAGACGGGGCCGGCGGCAGGGAGGCAAGGAGACGGGGAGACGGGGCCGGGAGGCAGGGAGAUGGGGCCGGGCGGCAGGGAGAUGGGACCGGGAGGCAGGGAGGCAGUCCUGUCCCAGACACAGGCUCCCCACGUGCUCAGAGCUCAGUGCAAUAGAGCAAAGGGCAUUUCCCUCCCCUUCUCCCAUGUUCAGAGUCAUCCUUACACACUGAGGCCGGCAGGAAGGAAAGACCUGAAGUGCAGAGGUCUCUCCCCCCGCCCCUCUGGCUCAGGAGACAAUUCUGAAAGUCCUGACAGCCAACGACGGUCAGAUCUCUGGCUGCUCUGAAGGGGGGUAGGGGAAGGAAGGGUCCUUCCAUUAGGAAACAGCCCACUGAGGUGAAAUACCGGUCCCGGGGUGUGAUGGGCAGCCAGCAAAAAGUUACAGAGACGGGGCAGCGAGGUGAACGAGGUGAGUUCAAAUCUGGUCUCAGACACUUAACACUUCCUAGCUGUGACCCUGGGCCAGUCACCUAACUCCAAUCGCCUCAGCAAAAAAAAAAAAAAAAGUUCCAGAGACAAGAGAUGAAAGGCUGCGUCAAACGAGGAGCAGCUGGGAGGUCCCUGUGGUCGGCCGGAGGAGUAAAGGGCACCCGAGUGCGAUGGGGCUGGAAACCCGCAGCCAGCAGCCACGGCUUCUCUAUCCCACUCUAAAGUCCUAGUUAGAGCAUCGCGGAAGGACUUCCCUGUGUCACCUGUUCCCAGGAAUCAUUUAAGAGCAUCCCGUGCUCACUGGACAACCUGGAAACUGCAUUGCAGGACGCCGCAAAGCUUUAGAAACAAUCAGCAGAUCCUGGGAACAAGAAGAGCAUCGAGGCCUCCCCCCUUUCUCUCCAAUGAUAGGUCAUAAAGAUGUCGUCGCCAUGGAAUAAGAGCGGGGAAAGCUUGCUCCUGUGGUAAGCACCCUCCUCCCCCGUCCUGGUGCUCCCACAACGUGGGGAGAGGUCAGUCCUCCCAGGUUCGGGACCUUCCUCCAAGAACAGCCCCCAGUGACUCGUCCCCGGCUUCCCACGAGUCACAGCAGAGCCGCCCAGGGCCAGCACAAAGCGAGAUUCCCGGACCGUUUUCACGACUGGAAAUGGCCAAGUCCCGGCUGUCUGAUAAGCCCUGUAGUAACACGGUAACUUCAGGGAGACUGAGGAAAAAUCCGGCCGAGCACAAUCUCCAGAUUUCUUUGUUACUAUUGGCACCGAAACGCCACCGCCCACCUCCCCCGGCCCAGCAUCCUCCCGGCUUUGUGGCUCAGAGGCCCCUGAUCUUUUCUCUCAACACAAGAACUAAUUUCCAGGGCGGGAUGGUGGGGGGUGGCAGUCAGAGAAGGCCUCCUGGAGGAGGUGGCAGCUGGGCUCAAAGCUUAAGGGAGCUACAGAUUCCAAGAAGUAGAGAUGAGAGAAGGGAGGGUCUUCCUGACAGAGAACGCCAGGCCCAGGGACACUCCAGCUUCCUCCCCCCGUCUUCACUCACUGGGGGCCUCUCCUCCAUGAAGUCUUUCUGGAUGCCGGUACCCUUCUGGGCCACGCCACUUUGUUGGGUUUUUGCUGUGGGGCUAAGGGACUGGCCUCGGGGCCCAUUGGGUCCAUCAUUUCCUGACCUCAAGAACCACUCUGGGGCUCUUUCAUCCACGGUGGACACCGUGGCUACGUCUAGCGCUUCUCUGCCGUUGGCCACGAACACUCCUGAACGGGGAGCUGUCGCGCCCUUGUGGCGCUGAUGAGGAUUGGCGCAGGCGGCCCCCCAAGUCGGGGGGGGGGCUCCCUCGUCAGAGCCACCAGGGAGCAGAGUUCUUCAAGAAAGAAGCGACAGGCGGUUUCUGCUCCGGGAGUCCGGUGAAGGGCGCCACCCGCGAGCAGGAGAGAAGCGGGCGGAUUGGAGGCAAUUAGCAGGGGGGAGCAUCAGUAAGAAAGACCAGGAAGGGCUUCCUAGAGAAGGAGAAGUUAAGCUGGGACCAGAAAGGAAGCCUGAGGGGUCGGGGGAAGGGCAGAAGGGGCAGUCAGAGAAAUGCUCAGAGAGGGCAAAAGGGAGCGGCUUGUGCCGGGAACAGCACGGGGGAGCACACGUGUGUUGGGGAGCAAAAGGGAAGGUUAAAAGAGCUCUGAAUGCCAAGCAGAGCAUCUUCUCUACAUGGUCUGGAGUUUAUCAGAGUGAGCAGUGGGUGACAUAAGAACUGGGCUCCAGGAAGAUCACUUUAGUGGAUGAAUGGGAGGUAGACGGAAGGGGAGAGGCAGACCCUCCCCCAGCUAUUGCUAGAGUUCAGGGGUGAAGGUGCCAGCCUGCCAUGUCGGGGGAGAAAAGUGGGCGUGUCCCAGAGAUGCUGCAGAGGUCAAACUGACCAGAGAUGUUGUGGAGGUGAAAUAAACACCCCUUGGUACCAUAUUGAAUUGGAGGAGGGGGAGAGGGGGAGGAGUCGGAGAGGAGCUUAAGGAGCUGGGAGGACAGUGUGUUCUCCACAGCAGUGGGGAGGUGGGGCAGGGGAGGGUUAAAGGGAAAAUAAGGUGAGUCCAGUUUUGUGCAUUUGGCUCCUUCCAGGAGGGCUCUGACUUGCUGGCUUGUGGUGGCUGUUAAGCUCAGCACCCAAUCGAUGCUCUCUAAUCUCCAUCUCCCCGCCCACUUCUCCAUGUCUGUCCAUCCAUCCCCCAGCAGCCUCCAGCAUGUCUCGCACACCGAGUGCCCGGUUUGGGGAAAAGCUAAAACGGAUAAGCCUCUGAGGCCUCUCUGCCCACUGAGCAUCCUUCUCUGACCCGUGCCUACGCCCUGCCACCACAGGGUUGUUCUCCGGCCUAUUCGGGGGCUGGGACUCAGGCUGUUGGGCCGGGGGGUAGCCUAGAGGAAGCUGCUUGGGGCCCCAUGAGGAAGGAAGCCGGCCUGAUGGGAGGUAGGAAGCUGGCUCCAUGUGGUCCACUCUUCCAUUUCCAACCCUGCUCGGGAGAUGAAAGAGAUGGGAAGUCAUGGGCCCGGAACUCUUCCAGAAGCUUCCCACAGAGGUCCAGGAGGGGCAGGGGAGCCUUCCUUGUUGGCUGGGCCAACUCUGCUUCCUACCGCCCCUCCCCCACUGACUUAGGGCUAAUGGGCGACUUCGGGUCAGCUUUGGCCGGACAGGUAACCAGGGACCCAGAAAAGACUGAAACGAGGGAAAGAACUGUCCACCUUUCCUUUUGGAAAACAGCAUCAGAUCCUUCGGGACCGAAGUCCCAGCGCCUCCCGCUGGCCCUGCUGCAGUGCCUCAGUUUCCACUGUGUCAAUGGAGAGGGGCUCAGCAGGCUGGGACAGUGGGGACCCUCGGCCCAAAGGUCCAGAGGGCGUCGGCGACCCCUGGUGGCCAAAGCGAGCGAGCCGCCUUACACAGAGAGCCCUCCUCGGCCCGGCAGGCCCCGCACUUGGGAGACGAUCAGGAAGAAGACCCUGCGGACACGCGUGGAUAAUUCUGGGUCAUUUGUUGUGAGCAGGUCCCGUACUCACCCUGAUGACAUCACGGCGUCUCCCUGCGUGGCCCCGCCCUCCGCUGGGCUGAUGCGGCUGCGUCCCCUUCGUUCCCGAAGUUGCUUCCCUCGCAUGGAGCCCACGCGGGGCGGGACUUCCUGA